UCCAAGGUCCCACCAGUGGGUGUUAGUGGGAUCCCAGUGUGACUUAGCAGAGAGGCGGGUGAAGAACCGAGCUGAAGUCCCGGAGGAACUUUGACUAAAAGCGCUCGCUUUCCCGGCUUUUGUCGGCUUUCUUCUCUCAGCGUGGAUACUAGAGCUAUCAAACAAUUCCUGGUGCGUAAUUACGCACGGAGUCAAAGCCGCGGCGUUGUUGGCUGAGGAAAGCCGCGGACAAAGGGAAGCAGGCUGGACGACAACUGAUUUGAGAAGAGAGGAGUUCCCGUCGGAAGAAAACUGGGGGAGUCGGAAGUGAUUCUUAGUUCUCAUUUGAAGACCCUCGGAGCAUGGGAGGAGUUGCCUUCCAGCAAUAAAAUGUACCCACUACACCGAGAGAGGGAGCAGCCCAUCUUCAGCGCCCGAGCUCAUGUUUUCCAGAUCGACCCGGCGACAAAACGCAAUUGGCUGCCGGCCAGCAAACAUGCCGUCACCGUGUCCUUUUUCUAUGACGCCAGCCGCAAUGUCUACCGCAUCAUCAGUGUGGGUGGGACUAAAGCUAUCAUCAACAGCACCAUCACCCCUAAUAUGACCUUCACCAAAACCUCCCAGAAGUUUGGCCAAUGGGCUGACAGCCGGGCCAACACCGUUUAUGGCCUCGGCUUCUCCACUGAGCAGCAGCUGCAACAGUUUGCAGAACAAUUUACGGAGGUGAAGGAGGCGGCCCGCCUUGCCAGAGAGAAAUCCCAGGAGAGGUAUGAACUGGCCAACCCCGCUCUCAACAUCGCUGCUCCACAGCUGUCUCAGGAGCUGUCGGAUGACCGUCAUUCUCCACCACUGCUGAAAGUUAAUGGGCCUGGGGAGGAAAAGCUGUUUCGCAGUAAAAGUGCAGAAGUGGAGCUGACGGUGGAGAAGGAGAGAGUCAAGAAGAUGUUGUCUGAAGGGUCCAUGUGUGAAAUCAACCUGGAGGCAGAACUCUUCACAUUGCAGGACAGUAACGCCAAGCUGGUGGCAGCGCUGCAGGAAGCCAACGGCAGUGUGGGGCAGUGGAAGCAGCAGUUGGCUGAGUACCAGGAGGAGACGGAUCGCCUUCGAGAACAGGUGUCAGAAUUGGAGGCACAGCUUGGCCAUCCUGCUGCUGCUGCUGCUCACACUGAUAAGGAGGAGCUUAGCCGCUCACUGGAGGAGCUGGAAGCCUUGCUUAGUGCCAAAGACCAGGAGAUACACAGUCUACGGAGCAAGAAAACUGAUGUGGGGGAGCUAGAGAGGGAGAGAGAAGAGGCCAUACAGAGACUCCAGGAACUUGAGAGACGAAACACCGAGCUGGAGGGUCAAAUCAAGAGCACCGAAAAGACGCUGUCCUCUAGCAGGGAAGAACAGGAGAAAGCCGAGGUGGAGACUCUGGCAAAUGCACCCGGUUUGCACUGCACUGCACUGCACUGCACUGCAGGUCAGGGAAGGGACAAAUGGAGAUAAAAAGGCCUGAUUUCAAGUCAGCCACAGUUCACCAUCAGCAGUCUGGUCUGGACUCCCAGCAGCCAGACCCACACUAACCACCCUGAUCUAUCUGUGGAACAACAACGUGCAUUGUUCACUCGCUUUGUUUCAACUGCUCUUCUCUCCAUUUUCUCUAGUAUUCAUGUUGAUCGAUGGCGUUCAUCAGCAAGAGCAAUGCGGCAAAAUUGAAGCACAAAUGCGGCGCGCUUUACUCCACUCUUCACUGUCUCGCAUCCCCAAUGCCAAUCUCAGUUUCACAUCAUUAAUUCUUGUGCAAAGUUUGCUUUUGUUUACAAAUAUCAGUAUUGCAAUGAUCUAGUUCCGCAUCAUUGGUGCGUCAACACUAUUUCCCACGCUCCUCACAAGAUUUGGGCAUAAAAGCCUUUCAGCCUCGAACACUGCAUGAUCUCUGCAGUAUGAAGUAAUGUGAAACUUUAUGAAUUGUGGAUAUGUGCACAUGUGACUGACCGAUACAACAAAUACAGCUGCAAUGGUUUACGAAAUGGGUACUUGACUGACUUGCCUCUCAGCUUUGUAAAAUUGCAUAAUUUUGUAUCUCCUCAUUUUAAUGUAAUUUGGGUACAAAUAGGUGCAGUCUAUUGUCACCGUUCACGGUGCAUUUAGCUUGCUUUACAUGCGUGAUUGAAACAAGGUUGGCAAAAUCUAAAAUUUCACCUCGUUAUAAUAUUAAUUAACCUGUUUAAUGGAUGAGGAGGUGAUUACUUGGGCUCAACUUUCACUAUCUCAAAUGGUCAGAAUAAUCACUUGUAACAUCUCGUGGCCGUCUGCCUCAUGAACAAGAUCCACGAUGAUUUUAGCCUGGUCAGCUACAGCCGACCUCAGUUGUCACUUGCAAGCCUUCUUGAAUAUUAGCAAUAAUGUUUCUGGUGUUUGAUACUAGUUUUUCGUUAUUUUGGGGUAAACUAAAUCUUUAUCCUAGCAAUGCAUGUUUUUGGCAUAAUUACAAAAUGUCUAUUGCAGCAUUUUUUCACGAUUAAAAACAAACCAAAAAAACCCAGAAUGGCUUCUCCUCCUGAGUACCAUACAUUGUAGAACACUUUAGAGCACAAAAAGCCUUUCUGGCUUUACUACUUAAAACAGGUGUCCUACUACUUCAAUGCAGUUUGUCCUACAUUUGACCCUCAUCUCAGAAUUAUAUAAAAAGCA